AUGGCCUGUUUCUGUGGAAACUGGGAUGAGUUUUAUGGAGAAGUCCUCCUAUUGGACGAGAGGAAGAUGUCACUGACGGCUGAGCGAGGCAUCAAGAAAUCUUCCAAGGUGGCGGCCAUCUUGAAUCAGGUGUUUUCUCACCUGGACGUUUCUGAAGUCGAGUUCUUCGGUUUGAGGUUCUGUGACAACAAACAGCAGAUGCACUGGUUGGAUCCAUCAAAAACUGUUUCACAGCAUCGAGACCUCGUCGGGCCACCGUACAUUUUCUACUUUGGUGUAAAGUUUUAUAUUGAGGAUCCGUCGAAGCUGAAGGACGAAACUACAUGGUAUCAGUUUUACCUGCAGGUCCGUCAGGACGUCCGUCAGGGUCGUCUGCCGUGCCCCCCCCGCCUCAGACCCAGACUCUCCGCUCUGAUGCUGCAGGCGGAGAGAGGAGACCAAAGUGAGACGGAGCCUUCAGACUCAGAGGAGAACCAGGAAGUACAACACAUCUACAAAUCACUCAG